AUGCAGAUCAACAUUGUCACUCUGAUGGCUUUGGCUGCUACAGCAGCAGGUCUUGUCGUGACCUCGCCACGGAUGGGCGAAAAGAUUGAUCCCGAUCGGCCCCUCGUUAUCAAAUGGCAGUCGGUCGAAACGGACCCUGACACAUUUGAGAUCCAGCUGGUCAAUCAAAACGUCUAUCCCCCAACCACCGAGGUCGUAGCGGCAAAUGUCGACUCUUCGAGCGGUUCCUACACAGUCGAUGCGAAGACUUUCAACGGUGUCGACACAGGGAAAGGAUACCAAAUCAACUUCAUCUCUCCGACCAACGGGAUUCUGGCUCAGUCGCAGCAGUUCCGGGUGACUGAGCCUGGUGCGCUUUCGAGCAUGAGUUCUGGUAAGGAAACCAGUACUGCGAGUGAAAAUUCGUCAAUGGGGUCGUCCACCUUGCUUUCCACGGCAUCAACAAGUGAUAUCACUUCUUCGAGUGUCUCUUAUCCCUCGUCGACCGCUACUCACUCCUCCACCAGUGCGUCUUCCCCUACCUCGUCCUCUUCAUCUAUUGCCUCUACUUCUGUUACCCCUACAUCCUCUUCUUGGAUGACUAGCUCUUCUCAAAGUGCGUCUACCUCUUUCGUUGCAACCUCAUCCUCGUCAAUCCCUACCAGUCUGAGAGCCUCGACAGAGUCAACCACCCCUGCAUCCAUGCUCACCUCUACCCCAGUCACCUCUUCAACCCUGACACCCUCAACUUCUGUCAUAUCUUCAACCUUGGCCAGUUCUUCUACCUCAACCCCGACUACUUCCACAUCUACCUCUUUCAUCACAUCCACAUCUCACUCUACUUCUCACUCUACCACCACCCGGGGUUAG